CCCCACUACCUUCAUUUCAGCAUCUGAGGCAAAUACUUCAAAAUUCACUCAUUGGACAUGAUAGAAUUCACUGGAAAAUAAGUGCAAAGACAGAGGGGGGGAAUCAGCUGCCAGAGCUCAGAAAGUAUCUGAAGUCCGUCGGAAGAAAAAAGGAUUUAUCUCUGGCGUUCAGAACUCGGAGGGAUAUGGCUGGCGUUCUCCACAAGCUCACAGCAUGCAUCCCCUGCGUGUGGAUUUUCCUCAUGCUUUUCAACCCCAGCUUGCAAACCAGGGCUGUAACAGGUCACAGAGAACCCAUUCCUGAUGACAGCAAAGACAACAUCACCAUCUUCACCCGGAUCUUGGACCGCUUGCUGGAUGGUUACGACAACAGAUUGCGCCCCGGACUAGGAGAAAGUGUGACUGAGGUGAGGACAAACAUCUAUGUGACAAGCUUCGGGCCAGUGUCAGACACCGAUAUGGAAUACACGAUUGAUGUGUUCUUCCGGCAAAGCUGGCGGGAUGAGAGACUGAAGUUUGAUGGGCCUAUGCAGGUUCUCCCACUUAACAACUUGCUCGCCAGCAAGAUCUGGACUCCAGAUACUUUCUUCCACAAUGGCAAGAAGUCAGUAGCCCACAAUAUGACUACACCCAAUAAACUCCUGCGGCUGGUAGACAACGGAACUCUUCUCUACACAAUGAGAUUAACCAUCCAUGCUGAGUGUCCUAUGCAUCUGGAGGAUUUUCCUAUGGAUGCCCAUGCCUGCCCGCUAAAGUUUGGAAGCUAUGCCUACACCAACAACGAGGUUGUAUACAUCUGGACAGCAGAUGAUGAGAAAUCUGUUUCUGUGGCUCCUGAUGGUUCUAGACUCAACCAGUAUGACUUGUUGGGACAUGUCAUUGGCAAAGAGACCAUCAGCUCCAGUACAGGAGAAUAUGUGGUGAUGACAACGUAUUUCCAUUUGAAAAGGAAAAUUGGCUACUUCGUGAUCCAAACUUAUCUCCCUUGCAUAAUGACAGUCAUUCUGUCUCAGGUCUCCUUCUGGUUGAACCGGGAGUCCGUUCCAGCACGUACCGUCUUCGGUGUCACAACUGUCCUGACCAUGACGACACUGAGCAUAAGUGCCCGGAACUCACUUCCCAAGGUGGCCUAUGCAACAGCUAUGGACUGGUUUAUGGCAGUGUGCUAUGCUUUUGUCUUCUCUGCUCUCAUUGAGUUUGCCACUGUCAACUACUUCACAAAGCGCAGCUGGGCGUGGGAUGGUCAGAAGGAGGCUCAGGAGAUGCGGAGGCGAGAGUCGUCUUCUUUCUCCAAGAAGACCAACAAUACUUUCAACAUUGUGGGAACCACCUACAGCAUGAGUGUAACCAAAGAUCCCGGACUGACAACCGUCUCCAAGAGUGCCACAUCCACGUCCACCCCAUCCCAGCAGGUCAGAGAGAUACGGCUGCCCAAAAUGGAUGGUGAAUAUGUGCCAGAGGGAAGGAAGUCCUACAAUCGUGUCAGCAAAGUGGACAAGAUCUCUCGUAUCAUCUUUCCAGUGCUCUUCUUCAUCUUCAACCUGGGUUACUGGGCCACUUACGUCAACAGAAAGCCAACCAUCAACCGGUCCAGCCCACAGAAAUGAAACUGGAAUCCAGAAACAAAUAAAUAAACUGCCAGUCCAGUCUUAAUUAGCAACAUGAUGCUACUGCUACUGUGUUCAUUUUCUUUUUUUAAGCAACCAUGUAGAUACACAGCUAGUUAGAAAUUUGUUUGUUUGUUAGUAUGUUUGUUUGUUUUGUUACGUGUCAUUUUAUGUGUUGCAUGAGUAAAGUAUGACAGUAUUGCUGGUCUUGUACAGAUGGCCAUUAUGAACCCACUAAACCCCGUACCCCACUCCGAACUAUCAGAGUCUAUCAUCAGAAGAAAAACAUCAGUCACCAUUGGCAAGAACCUGCAGCCUUUCAGCAGUCAGUAGUGAUGUCCUUAGGUGCAUCAUUACUGACUGUCUGUUCUUUGACUCUUGGCAAACCCAGAGUAUUAUGUCAGUAGUGUCAUCUAGAUAUGUUUACACCCCCAUGGGUCUAUCAGUGCAUUUUAUCGUCUAGUGACUCUUAUUGUUUAAACAGCCUGAGUAGGCUCCAAGAAAAAGAAACUGUGUGCCUUUUUAAUCACUCGCCAUAGAGAUGAAUAGUUUGGCACAUGCUGACAUUGUCUUUAAGUUUACG